AUGACAUUAGUUACUUCACGUUUUGUUUUUGUUUUUUUGAAAGAGAUAGAAAAAGAGAGCAAAGAGAUGACCGAUGUUAAAGAAAGGAAUGUAGCUAUUCAGAAGUUGUACUUAGUCAAAUCCAUCUCAGUAUUCAAGAUAAAUGUCACUCUGGCACAAGGUGACAAAAUAAGAUUCUGGGGCGUAAAAAUGAAGAUGCGUGACACCUUGCUCCAAAACAUUGAAUUCUAUAAAGGCACCUUUUCAGACUGCGUUUUAUAUGACGAUCUGAAAAGUAAUGCUUAUUAUGCUAUAGAAAAAGAAGUAGGAAGCGAAGAGAUCAAAUAG